AUGGGUUCCUGCAGAUUAUUGGGCAUCAUGGCUAUGUUUCUUUUUCUGCUGUUUCCCUUGGCAGCCAAAGGGGACAAUAAUAUUACUGAUUCUUUCCUUGAUAAGGUUUGUGAAGAAGUGGAAUGUGGGAAAGGAAGCUGCGUUGUGAACACAAGUUACCCAUUAAACUUCAUUUGUGAAUGCGAAUCUGGCUGGACGAGAACUCAAGAUGAAGAUGAUGAUAAAUUUGCCACUAGCUUUCUUCCAUGUGUCAUUCCCCAAUGUAGCUUGAACUAUGGUUGUCAACCAGCACCACCACCAGUUCCAGAGAAGAGUUUUCCACACAACUUAUCAGCUUUCGAUCCUUGCUAUUGGGCGUACUGUGGGGAAGGAAAAUGCGUCCAGAACAGGACACAUACACACGCAUGUGAAUGCAGCCCCAAUUACUUCAAUCUUCUCAACAUCUCUGUUUUUCCUUGUUACAGUGAAUGUACUCUUGGAUCUGAUUGUUCGAAGCUUGGAAUAAAAGUUGCAGAUUCAACUGGCAAUGAAGAUAGCUCAGGUUCAUUGUUCAAAGGAAGGUUGGAUUGGAUGAUUAUGUUGUUGAUGUCGACGGGUAUGGUGAUGUUGAGCUAAGACCCAAAUGAUACAGAAAAUUAUUUUGGCCCAUAAUUGAUUUCAUUGUUCUUCAUCACUCAUUGGGUGGUGAUGACUAUUGUUGCUAUACUGUAUGAUAUACUGUAUCCACAUACAUACGUAGACAGCAUGUACAUUUGUCUUUUUGUACAAUAAAGGGAGUGAAAAUAUUUGAACUUUAGAGCUUCUGUAAACUACUUAAACUUCAUUGUCUGUGGAUUUUAUGUAGUUAAUACUAUUUCUGCAGUGU